AAUUUCGCUCAGUUUCAGUCAGCCAGUGGGGCACUUAGGAAGAUGUCAGCGAUCGCCAUACGCGCCAUGAGAAUGGAAGACUUUGACGAGGUCGAGUCUUUUCUCGCAGUGCAUUUCUUCAAGCACGAGCCGCUGAUGCUGAUCCCCCAGCCGGAUGCGGCGCAGAGCCAAGUGGUGCCGGAGGAGGCCGAGCUGCACCGCUCGCUCAUUCCCCAGGACCUCUCCUUGGUGGCCGUCGACGGCGAGCGCAUUGUGGGCGUGGCCCUGGCCGGGGAACUGGUUCCCGGGGAUCUGGAGAGGGAGUUCCAGGAGGCCGAGCGGAAGGAGGUCAAGUGCCUGCUGGACAAGAUCCACAAGUUCCUGGCAGGGAUCGAGAGGCAGGCAGACAUCUUCGCCCACUUCGGCGUGGACCGCGCCCUCUACCUCUACAUGCUCGGCGUGGACAGCUCGGUGCGACGCCAGCGGCUGGGCUCCCGCCUGGUGGCUGCCACCAUCGAGCUGGGCCGCCAGCGGGGAUUCCCCGUGGUGACCUCCACCUGCACCAACCUCUUCUCCCGCCGCCUCAUGACCGGCCUCCGCAUGGAGUGUGUUCUCUCGAAGGACUACGCGGACUACAAGGACGAGCGCGGGGAGAUCCUCCUUCCGGCGACCAGUCCCCACACCUCGGCCAGUGUCGUUGGCAUCCGGCUGUAGCGGCACCAAAGAAGAGCAUAGCUAAGAAAUCGCCCUUAUUGGAAUAAGGCAAGGAUGGAGGAUAGGAUGUGGUGGGUCUCACGUAAACGGGAUCGAUCUGUUGGAAUUGUUGAUCAAGACCAAAAAGAGCUUUGCUUAUAUUAACAGCCAUAAUCUAAACAAGUUCACAGCUAUUUGGCAAUCAGUUUAUAAUUAAGCAAAGAACAAGAAAGCAAGCUAAAAAAGACUACUUUUUGAGAUACAUGCAAGUUGUUAUUCCAGUCGUUAGCAAAGCAGCAGUUCGAUUUUUAUAAAAUUUAAGCUCGUAUUUCAAGCAAAACUGAAAAUACAAAAUUCAAAAGACACCUUAAAACAGAUGGCAAUGCCAAAAAAUUGUAGGUAGUUUUCUAAAUCAGGUCCAGUGUAAAUAAUAUUUUAAAAUAUUUAUUAAACCGAAAAUGUUCAUUUAUUAUGAACUUGAGUGUUUUAUUUUUGACAAAGCUUUUUAUUAUGAUUUCUCAACUUGAACAGCUAAAGUCGUAAAAAAGGUCUGGCACUUCUCUUCUGUCUGAGUCUGGACAUCCCCCGCACUCAUCCAGAUAGCU